AUGAAUGGUCGUGAAGGGUCGGAUUCUUUGGACAGUCCCAAUGAACACAAUAUACCUUUACCAACUACUGAAUGGCAGCGGUCAUCGCCAUGGUAUGGCGAGGCAACCACUAUAUCUUCGCAGACAUCUUUGUUCACACCCGAAUUGACAGAUGUCAUUGUGCCAACAAUCGAGACGACAUAUGACCCAACAUCGCUCACAUCAUCAAUCACAACCGUUCUCGAGACAGCGACCACAUUAACCUCUUCAAUCUCAUCAUCAUCUGGAACUUCUCCCCAAACGGGAGACAGCAGCUCGGGAAGCAGCAACACGAAGACAAUUGCUAUAGCUGUUCCAGUGUCUAUAGUUGGCGCUGCUUUGCUCCUCGGAGCAUUAUUCCUUCUUUUGAGACGCCGUCGUCGGAAAACUCGACAGGAGAAUCCAUCGAACCUCCAAGUUGAUAUGGCUCAGACAACUCGAACAAACCUGCUGCCACACAAUGGUUCUUCAUGGAAUGUCGGACACGCACACUCCCAUGAGAUCCCCUUCGAAGGCCCCUAUCCUUCUCAAGCCGCCUCAACCAAUCGCGUUCCGCCGACCCAGCCAUACAGUCAUGAAAUAAAUGAGACGUCCAGAUCCCAACCAUCUACAUUGUCCGUUCCUGCUGCUCCAGCUGGAGUCACAGAGUCUAGACAACCAGAAAGUGGAUUUGGGCGGCCGGAAACCAGCCCCGUCACAGCUGGAUGGCAAGCCGGGAGCGAAGAUCGUCCCCGCUCGCCGUUUGAUCAUCCGUUGGAUGAUGCCAUGUCUGAGGUGUCGGGUCUGAGUGACAGGCGGGGAGCCACGCAUAGUCGUGAUCUAGAUGAUAUCUCCUCCGUAUCUUCCAUCAGUGACGACGAGCAUGAGACGCGCAGAUAA